CCCCAACACACACAUUCAGGAAUAUACCAGCUAGCACUUUGGGUCCUUCCAACCCCCUCCCGUGACCCUCCUGGCCCCUCACCUCUCCUUAUUCCUGGAGGGAGGGGAGACUGUGGUCUGCUUCUCCCCUUGCAGUUUCCGGAAUGCUGGCAGAUCCACUGAACCCCUGCAACCAGGCUCUAGUAGCCCCCACCUCUUGUCACAUGUUCCCUCAUCACAAUGUGGGGGAUGCUGGGCUCUGAAAUAGGCCAGCCCUCACCCCAAUCCUGGCUCAGCCUUGUUCACUCUCCCCAGAAGACAGGCAGGAGCUCUGGUCCUGACCCCUGGAGCAGAGUGGGUUUCAUCCUGAUGGUUGGUGAGAGUAGGUAGUGUGAGGAGCUGCAGAAGAAGCCAGGACAGGGAGGCUAAGGUGGCUGGAUCACCUGAGGUCAGGAGUUCAAGACCAGCCUAGCCAACAUGAUGAAACCCCGUCUCUACUAAAAAUACAAAAAUUAGCCAGGCGUGGUGGUGCACGCCUGUGAUCUCAGCUACUCAGGAGGCUGAGGCAGGAGAAUCGCUUAAACCUGGGAGGUGAAGGUUGCAAUGAGCCAAGAUUGCGCCACUGUGCUCCAGCCUGGAUGACAGAGUGAGACUCCAUCUCAAAAAGAAACACUAGGACAGGCUCACACCCCUCGCCCUCCAUGUCACAGCACAUAUCAGAGCACAUGGAGAGCACCAGCUGGGAGUGAUCUAGUCUGCUGUGUCCAGCAUUUUCCUAGGGCUGAGGGACACACCAGCCUGGAACUUCUUGUCCACAUGGCAAGUUAGGAGGUCUGCUGGGUGCUAAAGCACCUCAAUUCUAGCCACACCCCUGCAGUGCCAUAGAAUGGUCACUGGGACCUAGGACUGAGCUGCCCUGCCCUGAGGUUGGGGACGAGGGGUUGGGGGGUUGGCAGGGACCCAGACCUCCUUGUCUCCAGAGGAAAUGUUCCCCUCAUCCCCACCUUCAAAAUUCCGUUCUUGGCAAAGUAAAAGGAACAAAGCCUCUGACCAGGGUAGACAGAGUUGUCACUGCUGUGUUGCUGAUGGAGGUUGAGGGCCCCUUGGCUCCAGCCCAGACAACCCUUUUGCCCAGCCCAGCCCAGCCUCUCUAGCUUCUCAGGACCCCAGGGAAGAGGCAAGCCCCAUCAUCAUAAAAUAACAGGAUGUUAAAGCCAGCUGGAAGGGACCAGAACGACACCUUGCCUACCUGUCAUUUUAGCGAUGAAGAUAUACAGUUUGCCUGUGAGAAUCUCCAAUCCCCUACACACUGCAAGUGUUUUGUAUAAAAAUGAGGUGCCUGAACUCAUAUCUUGAUAAAUGGUAAAAUUCUUCUCCCGUCCCCCCUCUGAUCUUGAGCUCCCUUCCCAUCUCCAUUGGAAAUGGCAUGUGAACUGCUUGUUCCAAACCCGGAGGAGCAAAGGUAAUUUAUGUCAGCAGAGCUAUGUCAAAAUUGCUCUGAUCAAAACGUGACAGUGCCCCCACACUAGGGCGGGUAUUUCCAAUGAAUGGAAGCAAUGCUUCUGCCCGGUGCCUGGCCUGGGCAGACUGGCCUCCAGGCAAUCCCCGGAGGGGUUAACUGAACCCCUUCACCCCAGGUGGUCUGAUGCCCCUAUGCACCAAUUUAUGCUCCCAAAAAGGAAUUGGGCAGACCUAGGGUUGGGGCCAGUAGUGGUGCUAAUCUCCAAGGACAGUGCAGUCUAAACAGCCCCUACCAUGUGACAUCGAGGGGAGUGAGUGGGGAUGGGGAAGGCAUGGAGGGGCUGCUAUUCUCAAAAAUCUUUCCCGUCCCCUCCCGGUUUAUCUCAGUUUACCGCCAGGGGGCACAGUGUGGAAGUGACAACCCUGGACUCCUGGGGUUGGGGGUAGGGGAAGAGUAAGGAGCUUCUAGAUUGGUCGUGACAGCCACGUGGCCCUGUUGCUGUUAGCUGUAGGGGCCCUGAGGCCCAAGUCCGAUGCUACUCUGGCUGUAUUCAGGGAAACCCCAGAAACACUCAAACCCCUUAACCAACAGGGUGUGUUGUCUGACUAUCCAGAGCCCAACCUGAUUGAAAAGCUGCCCCAGCAGGAAGCUGGAUCUCUUGUCAGCUAGGGGCUGAAUCUGGUCCUCCUGGGAGUGGGAUGGAUACCCCCUGCCCUGGGAGGGGACAGGGCAGCAUCCAGCUGUCCAGCUGUCCAGGUGCUGACGCGAGGUGCACCUCAGAGCUGCUCGAGUUUCCCCCCAUGGGCCUAGCCCAGCGGCUGAGCCAGCAUCCCAGGCAUCCACAGGCUAAAUAAAGAGCCUGCCUGAGUCAGAGGGAGGCGGAUGGGGUCCCGGGGGGCUUGGGGCAACCACGCCAAACAAGGCAAGGAGGGGAGCGAUGUAUAAAACCGGGCCCAGGGCUGAGCACCUGCCUGCACCCCUACUGUGCCAUCCAGAAGGGCUCUGUGCUGCCUGCAAUCCAGCCAGUCGACUCAAGUCCCUAGGUCAACCCCUCCACGGUGAGUCCGAUCCUCAGAGAAGCCGCAGACACCCCCAUUCCUCCAUCUCCCUGAAUGUUCUGACCAGGGAGGAAAAGGGCUGAAGGUGGGAGCCUCCGUCUCAACCUGGACCCCCAUAUUUGUCGCCCACUCCCCAGAUGUCUAAAGCAGCUCCUGCCAAAAAGCCAGUGGCUGUGGCCCCACCUCCUGGAUGUACCCUGGACAUCAAUGACCCACAGGUCCAGAGUGCGGCCAUUCGCAUCCAGGCCUCUUACCGGGGCCACAGGUCCCGGAAGGAGCUGCGCGAGAAGGGGCCGCCGCGGGUGCUGGAGCCGCUGAAGGACGUGGUGCUGAUCGAGGGCAGCGCAGCCAAGCUCACUUGCCGCAUUUCGGCUUUCCCGGACCCAUUCAUCCGCUGGAGUAAGGACGGCAAGGAGCUACGUGACGGGCCCAAGUACCGCUACGUCUUCGAGGACCCUGACGUGGUGGCACUGGUGGUGCGCGACGGCGAGCUGGCAGACCUAGGCCAGUACAGCAUCAACGUCACCAACCCCUUCGGCCAGUGCUCCGACUCGGCGCGCAUCCUCGUGGAAGUCCCGGCGAAGAUUCAAAAGGGACCCGACAACACUAAGGCGCGCAAAGGCACCACCGUGACGCUGACUGCGGAGAUCCUGGGAGAGCCUGCGCCCGACGUAGGCUGGACCAAGGACGGGGAGGACAUCGAGGAGGAUGACAGGGUGUUCUUCGAGAUCGGCAGCACCACCACGACGCUGACCAUUCGCCGGGCCACGCCUCAGGACAGCGGCAAGUACGAGGUGUACGUGGAGAACAGCCUGGGCAUGGACCAGAGCUUCGCUCGCGUGGACGUGGCCUGAACGGCACCCCCGGACCUUCCGCCCUGGCGCCGAGCCCGGGGGUGGUGGGACCCACAGCCCUCCACCAGCUUGGUUAAUAAAGCUGCUCUCUGACCCUCCGCGUCUGUCCUGCUCUUCCGCGUCGCCAUUCCCUCUCCCCCGCACCCGCGCCCACACGUAUUCCAGACCCCCACGCCAAGGUCACAGCCUGUUGGAGUCA